AUGGCGUGGUUUAUUCCAACAGGCGGCACGCCGUGGCUGGCGCACGCCGGGAUGGUCCUGGUCAUGCUAGCCUGCAGCGGCUACCACGUCCUGAUCGCCAAGCCCGUCCUCCUCAACGCCGGCAUGAGCCAGGUGGUCUUCUGCGUCUACCGUGACCUGCUCGCGUUCGCCGUCCUCGCCCCCGUCGCCUUCCUCCGCGAAAGAAGGGUGAGGCCUCCGGUGACCCCUCAGCUCCUCGGAUCCUUUGCUCUUCUUGGCUUCACUGGGCUCUACGCGAACCCCCUCCUCUUCCUCGUCGGCCUCCGCUACACGGGCGACGCUGCCUACGCGGCGGCUCUGCAGCCCUCCAUACCAGUGAUCACAUUUGUCUUGGCUGCGAUCGUAGGGUACGGUUACCAUAUCAUAACACUAAAUUUGAUUGCCAAUUCAGGAUUCGACGUCCAUUGUCUCACACUGUCACUGACUUGCACCCACUGCUUUGCCACAAAUUUGGGUGUUGAUGCUGCUUUCAUCAGUGGUAUCGUUACUCCAGGCACAUGGAGCAGUAACACUCCCUAUCCGGCCCAGCGGUUGACAUCAACCAUGCUCGAAUAUGGUGUGGAAACAUGGCAUCUUGGUGUCUUGUGUCUUAUAGGGAACUGUCUCAUGGCGUCUGCUUAUCUAGUCAUACAGGCUCCUGUAACAAUAAGAUAUUCUGCAAGCAUAUCCUUGACAGCUUAUUCAUAUUUUUUUGCCGCCAUCUUUAUGGUACUGACUGGAGUAUUUGCAACCAAUGGGCUCCAUGAGUGGGCGCUUACAAAAGCAGAGAUCAUAGCUGUUCUAUAUGCCGGAAUUGUUGCAUCUUGUCUAAGCUACUCAAUUAUGACAUGGGCAAACAAAAUACUUGGACCUUCUCUAGUUGCUCUCUAUAAUCCACUGCAACCAGCAUUUUCCGCUAUCAGCUCAACUAUUUUUCUUGGUGACCCAGUUUAUGUCGGAAGCAUUAUUGGGGGAGUCUUCAUAAUUGCUGGUUUAUACAUGGUUACUUGGGCUCGCUACAAUGAAACGCAGCAAGCUCCGGUCAACGGUUGUUUGGACCCUCUUCUUGCGGGACCCUCAAGAGUUCCUAAGACACAGGAAAGUUGCUUCGUGGAUCCUUAAAUCUCUUUGGACCAAAUGGUUGUCUCAAUUGUU